GUUCCCCGUCCUGUAUUAACAGUCCACUAUGACCGAAGAUGUUGACAUGGACGCCCCUCAAAUCUCUACACUAAGGGAGGACACCACUCCAGAGCCGAAUCCCGCUCGGUCGAAAUUCAGGGUCAAACUGCUUGUCGGAGACAAGGGCGAGGGCUCGAAAGCCAGCUCUGUAUCUAGUAAGCACGGUCGCGGAGACAGCGAUGACGAAGACGAAGACGAAGAAGACGACGAAGAGGAGGACCAACUCAUUGACGAUGAUGACGAGGAGGUCGCCCGGCCGGCUCGCGCAAUACCGCCCCAAGUGACCGCCCCACCAAGAGGCUCGCCCGGCCGCCGAGCUGGAAGAGGACGCGGAGGUGGUAGACGAGGACGAGGCGGCGGACGUGCUGGUGCGCCGGUUCUUGCGCCCGGUAUGAUUGGGCUUGAACCUACGUCUCUAGAAGUAAUCUCGGCCCCAGAAAUCCGCGCGGAAGUCCUCGAUCCCAAUGUUGCCGCAAGUGGUAGUGCGCUGUCUCAGCCUACUGGAAGAAAGAAGCCGGGCCCUUCCAAAGGUUCAACGCAGCGUGGUGCUCGCAAGAAGGCAUCAAAGCCCAGUGUGAAGGGCACAGUCAACAUACUCAAGGACGCAGAUGCAGAGAGCGUGAGUGAAGCGUAUGCUGGGACAGCUGCUUCAUCUCCAGCCCCACACGACGGCUCUCCCGAGCCUGACAUUCCUCUCUCUUCCAUCAUCCCACACCCGCACCCUAUCAUCGAUGACGCCCCAUUGGACGGCGUACCGCUUCCCGUCUACCCCCUUCCAUCCAAGCCGUUCCCCGUCCAACCCCCACCGAAGAUUGGGACAGGUUUCGCCCCGGUGAUCCCCCUCGACAAAAGCGGAAAGCAUGUACGGAAGUGGCGACAAGUCAACCGCGAAGUCCGUGGCAUAGCAGGAGGCCGUUGGUUCGUUAGGUCAUGGGUGGGUGAGAAGGAGUCCGAAUUCGCGGCUGCAGUUGCUGCCUCCCAAGCCGCCGCGCAGAGCGCCGCCGCUGACGGCCUCUCUGCUGCCGGUCUCUCGCUACCUAAGCUCUCCUCUGUCUCCAUUUCUGGAACGGGUCGCGGUCGGGGACGAGGUGCAAGACACAAUGUGGCGGACCACGCGUCUACGGUUGCGUCCUCUCGCGCGGGCUCUGCACUUCCAGACAGUAUCUCUGCGCAGCUCUCCAAAAAGCGCGGCAGCGGGCCUAGCACCCCCUCGUUGGAUAUUCCAGUUGUUUCGGUCCCUGUGGUUCCUCUACCUGCUGCUCCCUAGACGUACUCGGGCAAUCCUCUCGCUUGGACUGUAGACCGUCAGAUAGUGCCCAGUUGUACCUGUAUCAUCG